AUGAGGAAUGUAAUCUUGGAUUAUUAUCGUGGUAUUUUUAACUCGAGUUCUCCUACUGUUAAUGAUGAUUUCUUUGGGAGUAUACAAUCACGUGUAACAGGCACACAGAAUGAGAGUUUAUUGCGCCCAUUUGAAGAGAGUGAGGUUAAAUUUGCAUUGUUUUCAAUGUAUCUUGAUAAAGCACCAGGCCCGGAUGGUAUGAACCUUGAGUUUUAUCAGCACAUUUGGGAUGUAGUGGGUACUGAUGUUUCUUCUUAUAUUUUGAAUUGUCUGAAUACUUGCUCAAUGCCUGAUAAAUUGAAUGAAACAAACAUUAUUUUGAUCCCCAAGAAGAAAACCCCGGAAAUGGUUUAUGAUUAUAGGCCAAUUGCUUUGAGUAAUGUCGUUUACAGAGUUAUGGCGAAGAUGAUUACAGCCAGGAUGAAGCCACUAAUGGAGAAUAUUAUAUCUGAGUCCCAGAGUGCAUUUAUAUCUGGAAGGCUAAUUACAGAUAAUAUCUUGAUAGCUGCGGAAGUUGGCCAUUAUUUGAACAGGAAGCAAUGUGGACUAACAGGUUGGGGGGCUUUAAAGCUGGAUAUGGCUAAGGCUUACGACCGUAUGGAAUGUGUACUGGUAAAUGGUUCAAGAAUUGAUCAAAUAACCCCGACUCGUGGUUUAAGGCAAGGUGAUCCCCUGUCACCUUAUUUGUUCAUUAUUUGUGUUGAAGGGCUUUCAAUAUUAUUAAAACAGGCACAGGCAAAGGAAGAGAUACAUGGCUGUAGAGUGGCUAGAGGAGCUCCCUCCAUUACCCACUUAUUCUUUGCUGAUGAUAGUCUGCUUUUUCUCAAAGCAAAUAUUCAAGAGGCGGGUGUGGUUAAACGUUGUUUGUCGGAAUAUGAAAAGAUGAAUAGAAAAGUGGCGUUCUCUUAUAUUGAAGAUAAGAUAAGGCAGGGGAUUAACUUGUGGAAUAAGAAACUUUUGUCACAGGCAGGAAAAGAAGUUUUAUUGAAAAGUGUGGCUCAAUCUAUGCCUACCUUUUCGAUGAGCGUUUUUCUACUCCCUACGACUCUGUGCACUGCCAUUGAGCGAACCAUGAAUCGAUACUGGUGGAGAUCGAGAGAUGACCAGGGUAUUCAUUGGAAAGCUUGGGAUAAACUGUGUAUCCCAAAAGAAUAUGGAGAAUUGGGAUUCAAAGAGUUGCGAGCCUUUAACCUUGCAAUGUUGGGCAAACAUGCGUGGCGCUUUCUGACACAGCCACAAUCAUUGGUUUCAAGAGUUUAUAAAGCCAGGUACUAUCCCACUAAUUCUUUCUAUGAAGCAUGCUUGGGAAAUAACCCAAGUUUUUGUUGGCGAAGUAUUAUGGCGGCACAAGAUUUGAUUUGUGGAGGGGUUAGGCGCAGGAUUGGGGAUGGCAAAUCAACUUUGAUUUGGGACCAUCCAUGGUUGCAAGAUGUGAGUCAGCCGAAAAUAUUAACAGAAAAACCACCCCAAUUAGCACAGGCAAAGGUGAUGGGACUGAUGGAUCAACAGACAGGAACCUGGGAUCAGGAUAUUCUAACUGAUAUUUUUGACCCUGAGGAUGUAAAGCGAAUUUUAAAAAUACCUGUGUCACCCGAUUAUGAGGAUUUGUGGUAUUGGUAUGGGGACCCAAAAGGAGAAUAUUCGGUUAAAAGUGGCUAUAGAACAAUAGUAGUGGCACUCUUAUAUUAUAUUUGGCGUGCAAGAAAUGGGGCUGUAUGGGAUGCGACCUUACCCAGACCUCGGAAGAUAAUUGCAAUGGCAUCAUCAGCUGUGAACGCUUGGAAAGUAGCCCAUCCCGGUCUGCAUCCGCCGGCCACCUCCGCGGCAUCAAGCAGCCGGACUGCUCCCGUGGUGGACACCCACACUGCAACGGCGGUCCCUUCGGCAACAACCAAUACUAUUGUUGUGCCAACUACACCACAGCUGCCAACGCCGAACAUGGUACACCAAGCCACGCAAAACAUGAGGGAUCAAUGUUACUUCGAUGCGGCGUACGACCCACAGACAAACAAAGCAGCGGUGGGAGCUAUUAUUCUAAAUUUGCAAGGACAUUAUAUUUCGGCUAUGACUGCCCCUAUGAUAGACUGUUUUUCGGCCCUAAUGGCGGAGGCCUUUGCAUGCAAGGAAGUUUUGUCGUGGCUAAGAAGUCGCGAAAUAAAGUCUAUCGAGCUCUUCACGGAUUGUUUGGUGCUUCAACAACAUUUAUCAUCUGUGACACACUCGUCAAGAUCGUACUUGGGUUAUGCCAUUGAUAGUUGCAGGACUAGUAUAUUAUCUUUUGAUUAUUGUUUACUUCAUUAUGUUCCUAGUCUAGAUAAUUAUUUAGCUCAUACUCUAGCAUCUACUGCAAUUACUCAGUCAACUAGUAUGUACUCGGACUAUGAUCCACCAGCAUCUAUUUCUGCAUAUUUUGAAUAA